CUGUUACAAUAUAUAUACAUAGUAUAUACAUAUAAAUGGAUAAUACUUACAAUUAUGAUUGUAAAUCUAUAAGAAACAUAUGCAUUCUUGCACAUGUUGACCAUGGCAAAACAACACUUGCUGAUCACCUUAUUGCAUCAUCUGGUGGUAAUCUUUUGCACCACAAACAAGCCGGCAAGGUUCGGUUUUUGGAUUUUCUCGACGAAGAACAACGUCGAGCUAUAACGAUGAAAAGUUCAUCUAUUGCCCUUAGAUAUAAGACUUAUUCGAUAAAUUUAAUUGAUUCCCCUGGCCAUAUGGACUUUUGUAGUGAGGUUUCAACCGCUUCGCGGUUAAGUGACGGUGGGUUGGUUUUAGUAGAUGCAGUUGAGGGUGUGCAUAUACAGACGCACGCGGUUUUGAGACAAGCGUGGAUUGAAAAGGUUACACCGUGUUUGGUUUUGAAUAAGAUUGAUAGGUUGAUUGUUGAGUUGAAGAUGACUCCUAUGGAAGCGUAUACUCGGUUGUUGAGGAUUGUUCAUGAGGUUAAUGGUAUUGUUAGUGCUUAUAAGUCUGAAAAGUAUUUAUCGGAUGUUGAUUCUAUUCUUGUUGGGACGGUUGGGGAUGAGAAUCAGGAGUUUGUAGAGGAUGAUGAGGAAGAUACGUUUCAACCGCAGAAGGGUAAUGUUCUGUUUGCUUGUGCGUUGGACGGGUGGGGGUUUAGUAUCUGUGAGUUUGCUGAGUUUUAUGCUUCGAAACUUGGGGCGAGUUCUGCUAGUUUGCAGAAGGCAUUAUGGGGUCCUAGGUAUUUUAUUCCAAAAACAAAGAUGAUUGUGGGUAAGAAAGGAUUGGCUGCUGGAAGUAAGGCUCGUCCCAUGUUUGUGCAGUUUGUGCUUGAGCCGUUAUGGCAAGUUUAUGAAGCAGUAUUGGCUACUGAUGGUGAUAAAGGGAUUCUUGAGAAGUUGAUUAAGUCGUUUAAUUUGUCUGUACCUCCUCGUGAGCUACAUAAUAAAGAUCCAAAAGCUGUAUUACAAUCGGUUAUGAGCAAGUGGCUUCCUCUAUCGGAGGCUAUAUUGUCUAUGGUAGUUAAACAUAUGCCAGACCCUAUUACUGCACAAUCAUUUCGUGUGUCACGUUUGCUUCCUAAAAGAGAAAUAUUAGAUAAUGAUUUAAGUAACUCCGAUGUGCUUGCUGAGGCAGAGCUAGUAAGGAAGUCUGUUGAGGCUUGUGAUUCACAACCUGAAGCUCCAUGUGUUGCUUUUGUGUCUAAGAUGUUUGCAGUUCCUAUAAAAAUGUUACCCCAAAGAGACGUAAAUGGUGAUAUAUUGAAUAAUUAUGCGGAGGAAAGUGGGAGUGGAGACUCUGACGAGUGUUUUCUUGCAUUUGCAAGAAUCUUUAGUGGCGCUCUUCAAUCGGGCCAGAAGGUUUAUAUUCUAUCAGCUUUGUAUGAUCCACUUAAAACAGGAGAUGCGGUUCAGAAACAUAUUCAAGAAGCCGAGUUGCAUUCUUUGUAUCUAAUGAUGGGUCAAGGGCUAGAACCUGUGGCUACUGCUCGGGCAGGAAAUAUUGUUGCUAUUAGAGGCUUAGGUCAACAUAUCUUGAAAACUGCGACUCUUUCAUCAACAAAGAACUGUUGGCCAUUUUCAAGCAUGACGUUUCAGGUUUCACCAACACUUAAAGUGGCAAUAGAACCUUCUGAUCCAGCCGAUAUGGCUGCACUUAUGAAAGGGCUAAGGCUUUUGAACCGUGCAGACCCAUUUGUAGAGGUCAGUGUUUCUGCUCGAGGGGAACACGUGCUCGCUGCUGCAGGUGAAGUUCAUUUGGAGAGAUGCAUUAAAGAUUUAAAAGACAGGUUUGCAAAGGUUAACCUAGAAAUCUCAACACCUCUUGUGUCCUUUAGAGAAACCAUUGAAGGGGACUCAUCAAACCCUUUUGAAAAAAUAAAAGCUUUGAGCGGUAGUUCUAACUUUAUUGAAAGAGUUACACCAAAUGGUAGGUGCACCGUUCAUGUGCACAUUCUGAAACUUCCUGAUGCGCUGACUAAAUUGCUGGAUGAAAGUUCCGAUCUUCUUGAAGAUAUUAUUGCAGGUAAAGCAAUAGUUAAAUCAAGCACUGGAGGUCAAGAUGAUGACCAUCCUGUAGAAUCACUUAGAAAACGUAUAUGGGAUGCGAUAGAAAGUGAAGUUUCUGAGGAAAAUGCAGAGAAAGAUAAGGAAAAAUAUAAACUUCUGUGGGGGAAUCUUUUAAAGAGGAUCUGGUCAUUGGGGCCAAGACAAGUAGGUCCUAACAUGCUACUUCUUCCUGAUGUAAUUACAAACGACAAUGGUUCUUCUGUUCUUAUAAAAAGUUCCCCAUAUGUAUCUGAAAGAUUGGGGUUUGUAGAUGUUUCGGUAACUGAUAAGUUAGAAAGUGAGACGUCAACAAGUGCCAAAACUCGAUCACUGAUCGAAGAAGCAGAGAGCCUCAGGAGCAGUGUAUUGUCUGGAUUUCAAGUAGCCACUGCAUCCGGCCCGUUAUGUGAUGAACCAAUGUGGGGUUUAGCAUUUGUAAUUGAAGCUGCCAUUUUGCCUUUCGUUAGCGAGACUGAGGCCAUUCACCAACAAGUUCAAACAGACCAAUAUGGGGUGUUUUCCGGGCAGGUUAUGACUGCUGUUAAAGAAGCAUGUAAAGCAGCCGUACUUCAAAAGAACCCACGAAUCGUUGAAGGAAUGUAUUUCUGUGAAUUAAAUACGCCUACAGAAUAUUUAGGCCCAAUGUAUUCUGUGCUGGCCCGCAGACGGGCUAGAAUUUUGAAAGAAGAAAUGCAAGAAGGGUCGCCAUUGUUCACAGUUCAUGCUUAUCUGCCAGUUGCUGAAAGUUUUGGUUUUGCUGAUGAAUUAAGAAGAUGGACUUCUGGGGCUUCUAGUGCCCUUCUUGUUCUUAGUCACUGGGAGGCACUUCCUGAAGAUCCCUUUUUUGUACCAAAAACAGAAGAGGAGAAAGAAGAGUUUGGAGAUGGUUCGAGUGUUUUACAAAAUACUGCAAGAAAGCUAAUUGAUGGGGUCAGAAGGCGCAAGGGUCUCCCUGUUGAGGAAAAGGUGGUGCAACAUGCUACGAAACAGAGAACUCUAGCUCGUAAGGUUUAAAAUUUUUGGUUCACUGAGUUGCCAUGUGUUCUUUACGGAAUCUUUUUUGUUUGAAAUGUAGAAUGAGUUAAACUAGUCUUAUUUACAACGAUGGAUUUGGUCC